UCUGUGUGGAGGUGUAAGAAGAUCCUGUAAUGACGAUUGGAGCAAUUGUUUCACCAUCUACCUUAGAAGAUGGAAAUAUUUUACCAAUCAUUGCUGUAGCUGGGAGCAUCAUCGUUGUCAUCGUCAUCGUCGUCGCCAUUGCCACCUCUGUGUUACUCGUACGGAAAUACAAGCAGGACAUCGCAGAAAGCAACAGCCAGAUGUACAGCACCAUGUCACGUGACCCUAACACUGAUAACAACUACACUGAGUUGGAUCAUGGGCACACAGGUGAAAAGUUUCCUACUUCCCUGUCUGUCAACAGCGAGGAGUCCCCGGCCUACUACAACACAGCACCUGCUGACAGUCCAUACGAAAACCUAUCCGCUUCCACUGAGUGAUACAUACACCGCAAUCUUGAUGCAACAUGGCAGGGUGGUCAAUAUUUGGGCCCCAGUGGUCUGGACAUUUCUCAGUCUCAGCACAUGAAAAAUGUUCUGUUCUAUUUCAUACAAAUUUCGACCACUUCCAGGAUCGGUGGUUCGUUCCGCUUGACACCUUAUACCAAUAAAAACUUGUUGGUACCUAUUGUUUCCCUGCCUGUACUUCUUAUAUGGACAACCCCCUUGUCACCUCUAUACACAUCACCGUGUGUCCUAGAUGUCGUCCUGUGUUGUACUUGUGAUAUGAACAACCCCGUGACUCCCCCAUACACAUCACCGUGUGUCCUAGAUGUUGUCCUGUGUUGUACUUGUGAUAUGGACAACCCAAUGACUUCCCCAUACACAUCACUGUGUGUCCGAGAUGUUGUCCUGAGUUGUACUUGUGAUGUUGACAACCCCAUGACUCCCCCAUACACAUCAUCGUGUGUCCUAGAUGUUGUCCUGAGUUGUACUUGUGAUGUUGACAACCCAAUGACUCCCCCAUACACAUCAUCGUGUGUCCUAGAUGUUGUCCUGUGUUGUACUUGUGAUGUUGACAACCCCAUGACACCCCAUACACAUCACCAUGUACCCUGGAUGUUGUCCUGUGUUGUAUUUUGUGAUGUGGACAAGUAUAUGAGUAUAUUUUAUUGGUUUUUGUGUUUUAAUGUACUCGUGUCUCCUUGACUGUUCGAAAAUGUGCUUUGUGUGUGUACAUUUGAUUGAAAUUUCGUUAUACCAUGUAUG